GUCUUUGCAAUUCUAACUGAAAAAACGAAUUUGUUUCACGGCGCAUUUCCAGUGGGGAUCUCAUCUCUGAUUGGACGGUUUUUGCCUGAAUAAUUUAUAGACCCGGAAGUGGGGCGGUACUGCUGUUUUGCUGUCGAGUCACCUCUGUCAGGAUGGAAGAAAACGAGCAGCUAUCAUGCUGAUUAACGAAGGAUGCCGACUGCCGACCACCAUAAACCUGGCAUAGUUCGAGUACAUUCGACGUACAGCUUAAACCCCUGCAUCGUUUUCUGCGACGCUUUGGCAAAAUGAUGGAAGAAAUCGACAGGUUCCAAGUGCCUCCAGUUAACGGAGAGACACAGCCUCUGGACCCCGCAGCAUCUUCCACCUCAGAGGCAGAGCCUGACACUAAGGGAGAAAGUGUGGCCAUGAACUACAAGCCCUCGCCACUGCAGGUCCAAAUAGAGAAACAGAGGGACCUUGCCAGGAAGGGAUCGGUGAAGAAUGGCACCGUGGGAAGUCCUGUCAAUCAACAACCCAAGAAGAAUGCCAGGACAAGGCUGGUGGUGCCAAACAAAGGCUACUCCUCCUUAGACCAGAGCCCAGAUGAGAAGCCUCUGGUAGCGCUGGACACAGACAGUGACGAUGACUUUGACAUGUCCAGAUACUCCUCAUCAGGAUAUUCCUCAGCCGAGGUGAGAUGUCUGAGGGACCAGCAGAUCAACCAGGACCUGAACAUCCAGCUCCUGAAGGACGGUUACCGACUUGAUGAGAUUCCUGAUGAUGAGGAUCUGGAUCUGAUCCCUCCUAAAGCAGUCAACCCCACUUGUAUGUGCUGCCAGGCUGCUCCCUCCACAGCCUGUCAAAUCCAGUAGCACUAACCCCACCUACACAGUCUCCUCCGUGCCACCUGUACUGAGGCCAACAACUGACCAGAGUGGCAACAGAGGAAGAAAAAUUAAAGACUGGCAAAGGCACAAAGGGAAAAAAAACAACAACCAAGGGUUUAUAAAUGCGAAAAUUGAAUAUGUACAGUAUCUGUGCAUGUUCCUCCUAUGGUAGGAUCUGUGCAUCUUACUUCUGCAUUGUUGGUUCAAAAGGGACUCGACUGAUGGCAGAAACAUUACCUCUAAGAGAAACACACAACUUUGUUUGAACUUCCAUCUCAUGCUUGUGGAUUUUCUGGCUUAAACAGACCGCGAUGGUGCAACGCUGGUGAAGAAAAAAACCCUGUAAAAUGACAGGAGCUCAACCAAAUACGUGUGAUGGUGACAGGUUGUUAUUACUGCGUCAUCCGCCCAUCCAAGCAGAUGACUUCUUCUACUGAUGUACACAAAGGACAAGAAGAGAUCGGAAGCUUUGUAGUGGCCAUUGUUUUUCUUUUUCUUUUCUUUCAGCCAGUCUGCUUUGUCUUCCUGUGUAUAUAUGUGUCAAACGUGAUGUGUGUGAUUAAGCCCAGGAACACCGUGCUAAACCAUCCAGCUGCCGAUAAAACACUAAUGCUAUAAUAAAGUAGUAAUCCAGA